AUGGGUAAGGUGGGCUCGGCUUUGAACGGAUGCGCCAUAUCCAUCGGCAGGGCCUUCACGAAGAGUGCCGCGGAAUGGCCUAUCAACGGAAUCGAUGGCACUCGAGCUAUCGGCCUGUCCUUCAUCGGCCUAGCGUACUUCCUGCACCCGCUGGUCGUUUGGGCGUACCACCGGGUGCGCGCCUACAGGGCGUGGCGCGCUAUCGAGAAAGGUCGGGCGGUGGAGGUAACGGCGUACUCCAAUCGGGAGGAGAUCUUGCGGGGGCGCGGAGUUUGGGACGCGACGAGAAUCGUCACCGUGCUGCUCGUGGUCUUCAACGUGGCUUCGUGGGGGCUGGAGCUCAUGCUGGACCAGUAUUCCCACGAAAACGAGGCCUGCCCGCUCACGCAGCCAUCGCCCGUGUAUCGAAAAGACCUUGAUAACAAUGCCCGGUGGCAGGUUCUGAACCUGGACGAAAUAAACGGGGAAGACCGGGAUUACAACGGGUCGUGGCUUGACCUACCCAACGUCUCCAAGACGGAAGCCAAGUCACUUUACUACGUGGAGAACUUCAAGAGGUCCGCCUGGAGCGACCCGGUCGAGAAAGACAUCUCGGGUGAAAUCAUCGUCGCCAACUGGGACCCCGCGAUCGCGGAGAGUUUAAGCUUUUCCUUCGGGGAAAGUAUCUCGUCCGGAUCCUACGAGGAGGGAACCGCCACUGCAGUGGUGGAAGCGGUCAAUUGCUCCUCCUCAAGUGACCCUCUAAAGGACGCCCCCGUCUACCGCAAGAUGAACAACAAAAGUGAGGAGUGGGGCCGUGUUGUCGAGUGCGAGGCUGGACCGAGGCUAGCGAAUGGGGGCGAGCAAGCCCAGCCCGCGAUUAUUCUCACCCAGAACGGGACAAACGAAACGCACGUGAUCAUAGAGGAGACCACCACGUUCCUCAGUUUCCUCUACUCCGUGUGGAAAACGAACGGAGAUUCGGUCACCUUGACGUACGCCUUCCACAUCGCUUCCACUGUGCGGCUUGCCGAGGCGGUGGUGACCGGGAUUGUGCUCGGCGAGAGCAGCGGCGGCGGCUGCUUCGGCAUGCUGCGGGCGUUCAGCCGGGGUCCUGAGCCACCGGAGGACGAGUAUGCCAAGAUGAUGGUAAAGGCUUUACCGUUCGGCGAGAACCCGCAAAGCGGCAAGGUGGAGAAGUUGACGGAUGUGGAGACAAUCGAGGCCGGCAUAGACAUCAACGUAGCUGCGAUGACGUGCCUCGUGUGCGUGCUAUCCUUGACCGUAGUGGGUAUCGUCUGGGCGGUCUACCUCGGCAGGAGCACCGGCAUGGACAUCUAUGACAGGGACGAGCUAAUCCGUGCCGUGUCUCUCCAAGGGCAUGGCAGAGCGGUGGACCUCGCCGCCCAGCAUUCUAGAAUGCGAAUUUUCGUGCGGAGGGAGGACAACGGUGGCAUCAGCGUCGCAAUCAGCGACACCGGCCAGGCAGAGCCAGGCGGGUGCUGGAGGUUCUGGCCAUGCAAGAAGGUUGGCGAGACCGCCGAUCCCUCCCCCGUAGCAGAUACCGUCAUCCAGAACAACGAUGACUUCGGGGGUGCGUCCGCGCCGGCGGGCUCGCGCACGGUGUGGCUCGGUGGCGUAAGAAUCGGGAGGGCCCGCCCCUUUCCCGGCAGGGACGGCACCUUUACCUACCCCGCUGCCGUCUCGCUGUCGGCUUCCCCUACGCCUACCUCGUUCGCCGGCGGGGACCUGCGGUCCCCGCCUCUGCAGGGGGGCCCGCAAGAGCCGAGGAGGCCAAACUCAUUCCUGCCGGAAGGGAGGGGUCCGUCUGCGUUCUUCGAAAGCACGUCCUCGUUUGCCAGCGGUGAUGACGCCGGCGACGCCGGCGAUGAGGUUGGCAGCGGCGACCGGGUCACCGGAGACCGCCUCUUCGAGGCGUUCGGAAAAGCGGCGCCCGCACCCUUCGAUGGUGGCUUGUACAGGUCUCCCUUGGGCAGGCCUAGCGUGCCUGCUGCGGGUGCGGCGCUGAGGUCUACGGCUUCCUCGCAAUCCAGGCCUUGA